AUGGCCAAUGAUUUAAAUUUUGUGCAAGCUGUCAUCCCUUGCUUUGAUGGUCAUUAUGACCACUGGAGCAUGCUCAUGGAAAAUUUUUUACGGUCCAAAGAAUAUUGGUUAGUGGUUGAAUCCGGAAUUCAAGAGCCACCAGUAGGUGCAGCCGUGACAGAUGCACAGAAAACAGACAUUGAAGCUAGAAAGCUCAAAGACUUGAAAGUGAAGAACUAUCUCUUCCAGGCUAUUGAUCGUCCCAUCUUGGAGACUAUUCUUUGCAAAGAUACAUCUAAGGAUAUUUGGAAUUCAAUGAAGAAAAAAUAUCAAGGCUCUUCUAGAGUGAAGCGUGCACAGCUUCAAGCCUUGAGGAGGGAUUUUGAAGUUUUACAGAUGAAGGAUGGGGAAUCUGUUACAAGUUUUUUUAAAAGGUCAAUGGAAAUUGUAAAUAAAAUGAGAUGCUAUGGAGAAGAGAUUAAAGAUGUUAACAUAGUAGAGAAAAUUCUGCGUUUUAUGACGCGAGAAUUUAACUACGUUGCUUGCUCAAUUGAAGAGUCAAAUGACAUAGAUGACCUCUCUCUUGAUGAAUUGCAAAGCUCUUUGUUAGUCCAUGAACAGAAGAUGAACCGAAGCUCAACAGCAGAGGAACAAGCUUUAAAAGCUUCUACCAAUACUCGUUCCAACAGCUCGAGAGGAAGAGGCAGAGACCGAGGAAGAGGGAGGGGAGAUCAAGAUCAUGAAAAAUCUAAGGUAGAGUGCUUUAGAUGUCACAAAUAUGGUCAUUAUGUUUCUGAAUGUUUCACUGAGCUGCCAAACUAUAAAGAAAGAGAGGAGAACUCAAAUUUUGCGAAAGAAACGAAUGAACCAGAAACUUUGUUGAUGACUGUCCAUGAAAGAAAAAAGAUUGAGUCUAAUAUUUGUUUUGGUGAUUUCUCUACUGUGAAAGUGAUGGGAAAAGGUGAUGAUCAGAUACAUACUAAGAAUGGUCUUUUGCAAGAAAAGGGGUAUGUCAUUACAAUUAAGAAAGGUGCUUGUGAAAUUUAUGAUCCUGAUAGAAGAAGUCCUAUUGUGAUUGUCCAGAUGAGUUCUAAUAGGUUAUUUCCAAUGAAGAUUGAAAGCAUUCAAUCUUGUUUGAUGGCUGAAGUAAAGGACCUCUCAUGGUUGUGGCAUUUUUGUUAUGUCCACUUAAGUUUUGGUGGACUGAGGGCUCUGCAACAGAAAACCGUGGUGACAAGGCUUCCGGAAAUUACUGUUCCCUCCCUAGUUUGUGAAGAAUGUGUUGUCAGCAAACAACAUUGUUCUCAGUUUCCCAAAGGGAAGUCUUGA